AUGAAUCUCUUCUUUCCGCCACAUCUUUUGUGGAGGAGUCGUCACGCCGACGGUUUCAGUUCCAGCGACACAUUUCGACGGCUUUCGGACGUCACCCUCGAUUCCCACCGAGUCUCAGAGUGUCGAUCUUCCCGCCGACGAUCUUCAAAUGAGAGACCGACUUCCCCCAGUCCCCUAGAACAACCCGUUAAAGAGGAUCCAACCCCAAAACAUGCGUUUCCAACAGAAGAGUCUUCUGUUCCUUCAGAGUCCUCGUCCCUUGUCCCACCUUCCCCGUCACCAUCCCCUGCUUCAGUCGCACCACCACAAGUUCAUCCUCCAACACUCUCACCUACUCAUAAGUUUCCUGGCCGUCCUCCUGGCCCUCCCCCUGGCCGCUCUCCCCCUGGCCGCUCUCCCCCUGGCCGCUCUCCACCUGGUCGCCCUCCACCCGACCCCCCUUCUGGUUCUUCUCGCUCCCUGCCUUCGAAGGUUCCCCCCAGCCGGACAACGCCUUCUCAUUCUUUAGGUCGACGCCUAAAUUGGCGACCAUUCGGCACUUCUGUUCCAAAGUCGACCGUAUUCGACGAUAUUCAACGUAGGCGUGUUCGAUACCCCCCCAAAUCGAUUCUCUUGUCGUCAGAAUUAUUGUCCUCUGAAUCCGUUAGAAGAUCUGUUGAUCCCAAUGUUGUAAGUGCCUGCCACCAAACUGGUUUCAUAACCGAUUGUUUCAUCAGUUAA